AUGCCUCUGACAUCCGAAGAAAUUGCGAGCCGCUACCCUAUUCAUUGGCUUGUUUGGAAUAACAAGCAUGAAGAACUAAAGAGUGCUCUUCAAAAUAAUAAGUUUUCACAACAAGAUAUAGAAAAACAAGAUCCCAGAGGCCGUACACCCCUACUUUUAGCGGUUACUUUAGGCUAUAUAGAAGUUGUUCAAGCUCUUAUUGAUGCAAAUGCCGAUGUUAACUGUGAAAAAGAUGGAUGGACAGCUGUUCAAGAAGCAACAGCUACUGGAAACCCGGAGCUGUUAGCCUUAGUGCUGUCCCGACGUGAUUACCAAAGGCACGUGGUGCGGUCCAGCGGGAUACCUGACUUGCUGAACAAACUGAGCUUGGCCCCUGAUUUCUAUGUUGAGAUGAAAUGGGAGUUUACUAGUUGGGUGCCCUUAGUAUCUCGAAUGUGCCCAUUCGACACGUACAAAGUGUACAAACGUGGUGCGAACGUUCGAGUCGAUACAACAUUGGUUGGCUUUGAGAAUAACAAGUGGCAGAGAGGCGAUAGGACUUACAUAUUUAGAGGACAAGGUCGCACAGCCAGCCUGGUGGAGCUGGACCACGAGGCCGGCACGUCGUGGUGCGAGUACCUGGAGGGCGGGCGCGAGCGCGAGUGGCCGCCGCCCGCCCAGCACGUCAUAGACCAGCGCCUAUCUGCACCGCUGGCUAUUAAUUACCUGGAUACUGAUAAAAUUAGCUUUGAGAGAAACAAAAGCGGCAUUUGGGGCUGGCGUCAAGACAAAAGUGAAAGUGUGAACGGUUACGAGUGUAAAGUGUUCAGUGCGAACAACGUCGAGCUUGUGUCCAAGUCCCGUACAGAACACUUGCCUAAAGGGGAGAGGAAGGCGCACACUCCCCGCGCUCCCCUCGCCGGGUUACUGGCUUUGGCGGACAAUGAUGAGGGCCCAUCGACCCCUGUUUCCCCUCUGUUAACACCUGAUAAGGAAGAGCCUAUGAAGAGGAGCAGGUCCCGCGAGGAGCUGCGCGCGGUGACGUGGGAGGAGUACUUCUCGGCGGAGGCGCCGGAGCGCGACGUGGGGCGCGCGCGCGAGGUCUCCGCCAAGGUGCAGAAGUUCAGGGCCACGCUGUGGCUCUGUGAGGACUAUCCGUUGGAGUUACAAGAGCAAAUAAUGCCCAUCCUAGAUCUAAUGGCGGCGAUAUCGUCACCACACUUUGCUAAGUUAAAGGAUUUCGUACAGAUGCAACUGCCGUCUGGGUUUCCCGUUAAGAUUGAGAUCCCACUAUUCCACGUAUUAAACGCUCGUAUAACAUUCGGCAAUAUAUUCGCAACGGAGACCCCGGUCGCGAACAUCGAGUGCAUCCAGGAGGGGCCGCGGCUGUCCUGCGUGGUGGACGACCGCUGCUUCGGCGUGGGCCGCGGCUACCGCGACGCCGCCGCGCCCGACGACCGCCUGCCCUGCGACGACGACGAGCUCCUGCAGUACGCCAUACAGCAGAGCCUCAUGGAGGCCGGCACUCACGAUGAUCAGGUGGACGUGUGGGAGGCGCUGCGCAGCGCGCGCUCCACGUCGCCGGUGCCGCCGCGCCGCGCCGCGCCCGCGCUGCUCGACCACGAGGACGCCUACUUGCAGAGAGCGAUAGAGGCGUCAUUAGCGGACGUCGGCUCCAUCAGUCUGCGCGAGCAGGCGACGGAUACGGAUACGGAUGUCAACGUGGCGGACGUGAACGCGGAUGCGGACGCGGAUACGGAUACGGAUGAAUUGGACGCGGACUUGAGGGCGGCACUGGCGCUGUCCGCGCGCGAGCACGCGGCGCGCGGCCGCCUGCUGGCCGACGAGCAGCGCGCGUUGGACGAAGCUUUGCGGUUGUCGCUUCUAGAUAAG